AUGCUAGCUAAAGUUGGAAAGAAGGUUCUGGUUGUGGAGCAGCACAAUCGGGCCGGGGGAUGCUGCCACACAUUCACAGAGAAGGGCUUUGAGUUUGAUGUUGUAAUUCACUACAUUGGUGACCUGUUGGGCCACACGCCUUUUCGCUGCCUGCUGGACCAGAUGUCCAAUGGACAGCUGCAGUGGGAGCCUCUGGAGAAUGCAUACGACCACGUCAUUCUGGGACCUCUGGAAAACCGCCGCUCCUACCCCAUCUACAGUGGUAGUACUCGCUUCCCUGAAGAGCUCAAGAAACGCUUCCCAGGGGAGGAGAAGGCUAUUGAUGACUACAUGAGGCUGGUGAAGAAAACUGAGUUUGGCAUCUGGCUCCUUCUUGUGCAGAAGCUUUGUCCUUUACCCUUGGCCAAGUUCCUGAUCCACACUGGUCUCGUCAAACAUCUGUCUUCCUUCUUCAAUAUGGCGCCACGCAGCCUGACAGAUGUGGUCAACAAGCUGACAGAAAACAAGGACCUCAGAGCUGUCUUUACCUACAUCUUUGGCACCUACGGGAACAAACCAAAAGAUGCCAGCUUUGCCUUGCACAGUUUGCUGAUAACCCACUACCUAAGCGGAGCCUGGUAUCCUAAAGGAGGCAGCAGUGAGAUUGCUUACCAUAUGAUUCCCAUCAUUGAGAAGGCAGGGGGCGCCGUUCUGGUUCGAGCCCCAGUCAACCGUAUCUUGUUCAACGAUGCAAAGGAAGCUUAUGGUGUGAGUGUGUUAAAAGGUCAAGAGGAGGUGCAUGUCCAUGCCCCUAUGGUCAUUUCUGAUGCUGGUAUCUUCAAUACCUACGAGAAGCUGCUGCCCAAGGAGCUCCAGGCCAUGCCAGACAUUCAGAAGCAGCUAAGUAUGGUGAAGCACGGUGAAGGAGGCUUGAGCAUCUUUGUGGGUCUGAAUGGAACCAAGGAGGAGCUGGGCCUGAAAGCAAACAACUACUGGAUCUUUGCUGAGAACAAUUUUGAUGAACUGAUGGAGAAAUAUAUGAAUGAGGAGAGAGAAAAGGCUUCUAAAAAAAUCCCCUUGCUGUUUGUUGCCUCCCCAUCAGCCAAAGAUCCAUCAUGGGAGGAGAGAUCGCCAGGAAAGUCUACUUUGAGCCUGGUCAGUUUUGCCAAAUACUCGUGGUUUGAGGAGUGGAAGGACGGCAAAGUGACGAACAGAGGGGCCGACUACAAAGAGCUGAAGCAAGCAUUCAUCAAGUCGGCCUUGGAUGUGGUGAUGGAUGUUUUUCCAAAGAUCAGCAGAGACAAGAUAGAGUACGUCGAUGCUGGAACCCCCAUCACUAACACACACUACAUCGGAGCACCCAAAGGUGAGAUCUACGGAGUGGACCACGGCAUCGCUCAAUUCAGCCCUGAACUCAACGCUACAAUAAGACCUCAGACUCCAUUGAAGAACCUCUAUCUGACAGGACAGGAUGUGUUUUUGUGUGGUUUCGCUGCCGGCCUCGCUGGAGCUCUCACCUGUGGCUCGGUUAUUCUUAAUCGAAAUCUCCAUCUGGAUUCCUUCGUCUUGGCAAUGAAAACAAAAUAUAAACAAGAAGCUAAAGGACGAGUAGCUACUUCCAUUUAAUUAAAUUAACUAAUAAUAUGCUGCAACAUCACAGCUCAAUGACACACUAAGAGCUAAAUCCCUUACGAAUUAAUUUAUAUGCACACAUGUUGAACAGAAAUAUACCAUGUCUUUGCUUUGGCAUGUUCACAUUUUGCACUAAUUCAUGUUAAACUGCUU